GGCAUGCAAUGAACCACUGCUCCAAAAAGUUGUUUAUAAAGCAAAUAUUACUUAGUCUUCCAGGAAGUAUAGCAGAGUGUUCUAUUCAAGGAAUAAUAGUUGAUAUUGUUGAUCCCAAUAGAGUCAUACUUGACGAUGGAACAGAUGUCAUAUUGGUUAACUUAACCCUUUUACAGACAACGUUAAAAGCGUACUUUGAUUUUACAAUCGGUAUGUAUGCCUUUGUCGCUGGUAGAGUAAAAAGCGAAAGUAAUAUAUUCUAUAUUCUAUGCGAUAAACUUGUGAACCUUUCGGAGGAGCCUAAUCGCGAGAGUUUGUGGAAUAUUGAAGUCGUUUACGCUGCUUUAACGUUCUACAAAAAAAAUAUGAAGAAAGUUUUAUUUAGUACUGGAAACAUCCUUGCAACACAAUUUUAA